AUGACUCAAACGUAUUAUACUGAACUCUUGGAGUUAAACAAGGACUUUGUGGACAUCACCACGGCAUUGUACAGACUUAAAACCUUUGAUCAAGAAGAACUCGCUAAAAUUUGCAAAGAUAUCAAAUCUAAAAUGAUUGAAACAAUGAAGUAUACGCCAGACAUGAUCUUGGAAAUGAUUCUAAUAGCAGCCAUACAUAAUAGGAGAUACUGCAAAUCGUAUAACGCAAUUUACAAAAAUAUUUUUAAAGAAUAUAGUACUCUUGUCGAUGAUAAAAAGUGCAAACAACUAAAUUCUCUUGAUUUGCUAGAUGUUAAUGAAGGAGAAACGAUUCAUAGAGCAAUUAUUGAUGAUGACAUAAAUUCAUUUUUGUUUCUCACAGAAAAAUAUGGAUUUAAUAAAGAUCAAAUGCUAAAAUAUAAUUUCUAUCCAGUCAAACAAGGAGGAUAUUCAUUACUUGAAUUAUGUUGCUAUCAUGGAUCAGUAAAUUGCUUUAAAUUAUUGAGAUCAAAAUUUGAUUCAGAAAUUACACCAGAAUGUCUUAAUUUUUCAUUUCUUAGCGGAAAUCCAAGCAUCAUGACUGAGUGCUUGAAUUUCCAAAGACCAGGAGAAGAAUGUAUGCAAUAUGCAAUCAUUUCACACAAUAUUGAUUUCGUUACUUUUUUGAUGAAUCAAUACAACUUAAAAAUCGAUUUAAUAAGUUGCUUCAAAUUCCAUAAUUUUCAGGCAUUUUUAAUUUAUUUGGAUCAAACAAAUGAUAUCAAUCAAUGCUUUCUUUAUUCAUCCUAUUUCAAAUCCCCUCGCCUUUUCCAAUAUUUCAUUUCACAUGGAGCAGAUAUCAAUGCAAAAGAUAGUAAUGAUGGAAUGAAUGCAAUGCAUUUUGCUGCAAUUAAUAAUCAAAUGUAUAAUGUUGAAAUACUCCUUUCUCUUGGUUUUGAUAUUAAAACUAAAUCAUCAAAUGGAAAUACUCCUCUUCAUUAUGCUGCUUUAUAUAAUUGCAUCGAAAUGGUAGAAUAUCUUUUUGCACAUGGCGCAGAUAUUAAUGCAAGAAAUAAUAUAGGGUUAACUCCUAUUUAUAGUGCAACGGGUCAGAAUUGUUGCCGUAUCGUUGAAUUCCUUAUAUCACAUGGUGCAAAAUUAUAUUCAAAGAAUGAAGAAAAUUUCACUCCACUUCAUCAUGCUUCAGUUUUGAAUUGUAAAGAGGCAGCAGUCGUUCUCCUUAAUCAUGGUGAAGAUAUCAAUGAAAUAAGUACAGUUGGAAUGCAUUCAAUUCAUUACGCAGCAUCUUAUAAUAGUAUACAAAUGGUUGAAUUUCUUAUUUCAAGAGGUGCAGAUAUCAAUUUAAAGAUCAAUAACAAUACUGCUGCUCUUCAUAUUGCUGCCGAAAAAAAUUACAUUGAAUUGGCAGAAUUCCUUAUUAAUCAUGGGGCAGAUGUAAAUAUUAAAAAUCGGGUUGGAUUUACACCACUUCACCGUGCUGCAUUCUUAAAUCAUCCAGAAAUGAUUAAAAUUUUGAUUAAACAUGGUGCUGAUAUAGAAGCAAAAGAUUCUUAUGGAUAUUCAUCUCUUGCACAAGCAGCAAUAAAUAAUUGUAAAGAGGCAGCAGAACUUUUAAUUUCUCUUGGCGCGGAUGUUAAGUCAGAGUAUCUCGUAGUAGCAGCAUUUCAAAAUUGUAAGGAAGCUGCUGAAAUUCUUAUUUCUCAUGGUGCUGAUGUUAAUUUUAAAAAUUCGGAAGGAAGCCCUGCACUUAUUAUUGCUGCAAAUCAUAAUAGCAAAGAAUUUACUGAAACUCUUAUAUUGCAUGGCGCAGAUAUCAAUCUUAAAAGUAAAUCCUCUUUAACUGCACUGCAUUAUGCAGCAAAAACUAACAGCAAAGAAACAACAGAACUUUUAAUUUCUCAUGGAGCAGAUGUCAACGCAAUGAACCGUGAUAAAUGGACACCACUUCACUAUGCAGCAAUAAAAAAUAGUAAAGAAACAGCAGAGCUUCUUAUAUCACAUGGCGCAGAUCUCAAUGCGAAAAGCAGUGAUGGACUGACACCUCUUCAAUAUGCCAAAAUAUUGCGUAAAAACGAAGUAAAAGAACUUCUAAUUUCUCAUGGUGCAGAAGAUAUCUCUUUGCCAUGGUGUAGAUUAUAG